AUGAAGGAUGACAGUGCAUGCAGGGUUCUGGUCCAAGAGAAGAUCCUUCCACAUGACUUCGAAGUGAUUGAUGUCCAGGACUACGCGCAUGAUGCAGAUGAGUUUGGUUGCGCAGAAUGCGUGUCUCAGAUGACUCUUUGCAUGGAGGCAGGCAGGCCUGUCUUGCUGCGCAACUGCAGCUCUGGGCGUCUGCUCUGCAGUUUCUACAACCUAUUCAAUCAAAACUUCCGGGUCACGGAAACGGCCGAGGGACUUCAGACAUUGUACAUCAUCAUCGCCCACGGCGCCCGAGUGCACCACUGCCGCGUUCAUCCCAAUUUCUUCGUGGUCCUUCAGAUGCAGAAGGAGGACUUCCUCGAACAGCCUGCUGCGUUGAGGUCUCGCUUUUCGGUGGUCACGCUGCCGCUGGAAGAAGUCUUGCAAGAACGCUUGCAAGUCAGCUUUGUGCGUGAAGCACAGCGAAAGUCUAUGAGAUCUGCCUUGGAGACGGUGUGGAAGCUGGUGGGCACUUUGGGUGAGAAGGCGAUUGUAGGGCUCGUCGACCAAACCUUGGUCUCCUUGUUGCUGUCCAUGGUGGAGUCUCUGCGUAGCAGCAAGAACUCCAUGCAGGAGUUCGCAAGCCUUUGCAGCGACGGCUUGGAGCUGAAUGCCAGCACGGCGGUGCAGGUCAUGGCUGUGAGGUUGCUGCAGCUGAUGCCGCCUGAGCAGAUGCUGCACCACGCAGAAAAGUUUGGGCAGGCUGACUUUUACCGUCGCGCUUACUUCUCUCAUCAGAGCCACUUUUCGCUCAUGGGUGUUUUGACAACAGCUCGCAACAACAAGCUGCUUCCUCUUCCAAAGCUCGUGCUGUAUACACGGAGUUCAGCUGAAAUUUGCAGCUUGCUGCAGCGCGGUGAGCACAGCCUGGGAUCUUUGAGCAUCAUUGAUGCCAGCGAGGUGGCCACAACGCAGGCUCUGGAAGCGAAGUACAAGGCGAGCCAAGGGAAGCAGGACCGCAAAAUGAACGGCGCGAAAAAAAAUGUCCUUCUGGUUGUCGACAUGGAGCAUCAUCAGAACCAGCAUGUUUCUUGGCUACGCGCCUUUGUAGAUUUGAAGGCAAGGGACUCAGCAGACACUCUGUGGGUGAUUCUGCUACACUAUCCGCCAGAACAGGUGAUCUCUGGGAAGUUGUAUCCUUGUGUCUUUCUUGACGGCUGGGAUUUCUUCUUCAUCGACUCUCUGACUCCUGCCUCAGCCUUUGACGAAGAAUACCUUCUCAGACAAGUCAUCUGUGGCAGUCCUUCAGAAGGUCGCCCGCAAGAGCUAGACAUUGUCCGGCCGGACGAGAGCAGGCAGAAGUACGUGGUGGACUUUUGCAGAAGGGUGCAUCUACCUCAGACACAUGCACAAGCUCCUGGCAGGUACUCGUCCAUGGAGCACCGCGAGACCUGUGCGGUGCAGGAGUCCAAGGAGUCCACUGGCCUGUUGACCAGCUUAGCGGCCUGGAUGGGUCGUGGCGUCGGCUUGCUAUUGGGCAAAAUGGGACCUGCAGACGAUGACAAUGAAGCUGCGCAGGUGGCACAGGCGGUUGAUACGUUUUAUGCAAAGGAUGCCACUGUUCAGCAGCGAGUGGAAGGCGUUCUUCUGGUUCUACAGAGACAUCCCAGGAUUUGGCAGCACUUGAUUGCCACAUUCCACGAAAAUUUCAGCGGCCCAAAAUUGCUCGCCGAGGUCACCCAGUUGGCCAGCCAGAUCCGCAAAGGCCGCAAGCUGAUGUCCUUCGUCGACGCUGUGAGAUUGCACUUGCAUGGUGAAUUCCAGCAGCACGUGGCACAUUACCUGAAAGCCUUGUGUUCGCAUGGCGGGCUUCGCGACCUCGUGAGUGGAGAUGCAACGGUGGCAAUGGCUUUGCUUCCGCUCCUACCAGACAAGGUCCUGGAGAUAAAGAUGGGAUACCAGACAUGCUUGGUGUCUCCUCUCUUCCGAUUUCUUGACAGAAAGUUGGAUGACAUGCUGCUCACCGCCCGACGACGCAUACCAGGCGCAGCGUAUGAUGAUCACGCAGUGAUAUCAGCGGUGGCUGACAUGGUGAGGUGUGAGAGCAGUAUGAGGGGUCUCGUUACCGAGACGGACCUCUGUCAUGGUUAUGCUUUGUUUCUGGUGCACAAAAGCUGCGGCAACAUCGCCACACGUGAGAUACUAAAUGUUCUCUUCAUCUGGCUUCGAGCUGCUGUUCCAGCAAAUCGGGAUGCUGCAUUUCAUCUGGCAGGGCUCUGUGGCAGCCACCGCGCUCGCACUCAGCGGCUUGUCAGCUUGUCGAGAGUAUUGACCUUGUGUGCAGAAUGCCCUCACGGACAAGCUGCCCUUGCUGCGUUGCAGGAUUCGGCAAGUGGGGGGCCUCACCUUACGGGCAGUGAGGGCUCUCAGCACUCUCUGGAUUCUCCGGACUCUCUGGGCCUGGAGCAGUGGAGGAAACAGUUAGAAGAUGAUACAGCCAAGUGUCUUCAUGAUUUGCUCUGGUCUGAGCUCUCAGGGCUGAGCCAGAUGAUGUCCCUCGUAUCCUUUCUGAUGGGGAGCAGUGGUGCGGCCACGCACGUACUACCGUCAAUGUUCGAUGGUGAGACACAGGCAGCACAGAGGGAGAUAGAUUUCACGGCAUUUUUGGAAGGCCUUGAAAGGGUCUCCGGCGCAGAAGAACAACUGGCAGGCUUCGCCAGAAGCCUGGUUGUCAAGAUCCUUCAGAACCAAGAUGGGCUUCAAAAUCCCGGUCAUCGCGAGCAAGCUGACAUGUUGUCCAUUUUCUGGCAAUGGCAAGCGGGCCGCGCCUUGCUGACGGAUGAGCUUAUGAUCCUUGUCGUUUCCAAGCUGGGUGUUGUCGAGCUGGACCUGAAAACAGAUCUUCCGUAUUUGCCGCCUUAUGUGCCCGGCCGAAAGGAGCAGAGCAGGCUGGCAGACCUGUACUUCACCUGGAAGUGCGACACGAUAUCUUCAACGCCGAGACCGCUGCAGGAGAUUUGGGUUUCACGCCAACAGCUCUACCGCCCUGAUCUGUCCAUGGUCGAGUCUAUCGAUCUGGCAGCAUGGGAGUUUGCAUUCGCCACGCAGCUUGCAACCCUUGCAUGCGACGAAGACAUGCAUCUUGAUGAGCAGUUACGAAGCUUGGCAAGCAGUUAA